UUAGGGUCACAAUGUGGUUUGUUGGGGGCGGUUUUAGUGCCAAUUUCGUGUUUUUUAUGUGUCGUUUUUGGGUCAGAUUUGAAUUUGGCGCGCGUAGAUGUCGCUGGUGUCGGUUAAGUCGUGUCAUGUCGUCGAGCGCCAAAAAGCGGCUUGUUGUCGUUUCCGUAUCUCGAAAUCGUGUUUUUCCGGUCGGUUUUCGCCCUCAGCGUGUGUCUUAAAACCGUUUUCGAAUAACUCGCGGUGUCUCAACGUUAUUUGUGUUGUUUAAGUCGUUACAUAAUGCGUUUUGGAUGUUGUUUUGGGUUCGGCGGUGUUUGAGUCCUUGAGUGAAAUCUCGCGUUUGCUCUGUAUCAAGUCGCCUUUGGUUGUUGUGAGUGUAAUCGAAUAGAGUGCGUUGUUUGGUGUAAAGUCGCGUCGCCAUUGUUGUAAAAUCUGUGGAAAAUCGUCUUUGAGACGUGGUGGAGGCGGAAGUGCGUCCUACAAUGUGUUGGUGAUCGAUUUCCGGUUGUUGGCGUCACGUGUGAGUGGUGGUUGAUCGAGGGGCGCAAUGGAGCUGGCCGGCGACUAGGAGCGGAGCCCCGUUUUGGAUGAAUGGGAUUGCGCACGGCGUCGGCGAGGCGGCCCUAUGCGGAGGUCAUGGCCCCGGCGUUGACGGAAACCAGCGGCCAGAAGCAGAGCUUCACGUUGCCCCCUAAGUACCUCGCCCCCGAGUGCUCGGACUGUGACAUUAUGAGUGACCAAAACAUGGGCAUACACAAAACGACAAGCCUCGACUUAACCUCGCCCCAGGACGUGGACGACCUCAUGCAGGUCAUCAAAUCCAUACCAGAAGAGGAUAUGGCCAUUGAAAAUCUACUCACCGAUGACGAUGUUAUGAAUAUGUCGAUUGAUGACCCCAAAGAAACGCUAAAUGAACUGAAAAAUACGCAAAAUCGCAUCGAGAGAAGGUUGGAUUUUCUCAGAAGGAAGAUAAGGAAGUUGCAAGCGAGGAAUAUGGGACAGCAUGUCGCGGGGGAAGUCGCAGGAGUCUACGAGUACGUCCACAGGUCGCUGAAACGCCUCAAGGACAACACACACCUGGAGGAGGAAAAACCGCAGAUGAAGCCGAUGUCAUCCGCAUCGACUAAAACCAUGCUAAAGAAACUCGAAAUGGCGGCUGUCCUUCAAGCAAAAAAUGCGGCACGCCAAAGACACACACCGAAAUAUUUUGGUUCGGGUUCAUGUGAACCGGGAAAUCAUCGAUUUCCCGCACCCGGUGUGGUCAAUGUACCAACAUGGCCAAUGGAAAAUAAACAUGAACUACAAAAAGUGACCGGUCUUUUACAAACUGAAUUAAAUCUAGUGCAACAUGAAGUUGAUUCAGAAGCAACAGAGAGUAGUUCGGGGGGUGAAAGUUGUGAUGAGAUGCAGAGUUAUAAUAAUCCACAUCAACAGUACCUUAGUAUACAAAAACGUGCAUUAUGGAAAUACGCUUCACAACGUGCGGCAAUCGCCUCGCGUUGGACUUGGCUUCAGGCCCAAAUCUCCGACUUGGAAUACCGAAUACGUCAACACGGCGAUAUUCAGCGUCAAAUACGUUCAUCGAAGGGCGAAAUCCAGCUCGGGGGUAUUAGUCCUCCGCCACCGACAUCUCCAACGGCGGUUAACGGCUAUCGUGGCCAAUUACCAGGCAGUUCACCACUCGCUACGUCGAAAAGUGACGACGUUCCAACGCCGAACGGUGCACAUCCUGAAUACGAAUGUGCACGAACACGACCAUUGGUCAAUUUUAAAAAGAGAAAACUGUUGCAAUUGAACGGAUUGCAUGUGAUUUCUAAAAAAGCGGCACGUCCGACGACGAUACGUUGUGGAUGCGUCAAUACGGCGGCGCCGUGUGCGGUAUGUACGGGACGGACGGAUCCUACGCAUCCCAGGGAUCCGACAGAGGCAUUGAGCAAACCGGAAAGGGUCGCGUUGGUCGAUCCCGGAUUUCAUCCCGUUUUUUCCAUGCCGGAAGAUACAUCGUACGCGACCCACUGCGAGGCCAUUAUGAAGAAUCCCGAAUGGCAACAACGAAGUACCCGAAUGAAAUCUCUCAAAGUUAUGAAUAAAGAUAGAUCUGACAAGUCUGUAUUAGAACAUCGAUCAAAGAAAAUCGAUCAUAGAAAGAAAUACAAUCGUUUAUUGAAACCCAGUACAAUGUCGGCUCUUUCCGCUAAAAUUCGAAAUAAAAUUCGUGGCCGAAAAACAAGUCGACAUUCAUCGUCAUUAACAUUUAAAAAACGACCAAAAUUAAGUGAUGGUGUCGACGAAGAAGUUGAAUCUAUUGGUAAUAAUAGUACAACGGGUGUAGCAAAUUCGGUUGUAGCAUCACCGAGUUCAUCACCGUUACUUCACAUGCAAGCCAUAUCCGGUUAUAACCGACGAAAUCGGGCAAAUUCGUACGAUAUCGACAAUAUUGUUAUACCAUAUAGUGUGGCAGCAGCGACACGAGUCGAAAAAUUACAGUACAAAGAGAUUUUGACACCAAAAUGGCGAAUAGCGGACAUUGAUUUGAAAUGUGAUACGAAAAAUAACGGAGCUGUUAGAAACCCUAGUCAAGAUAGCGAUACGGAAGAUCUCUCUGAGGAGGCGGUGCUUGCGCGUCACGAGAAGUCCGAAUACGAGGAAAAGAAGAAAUUUCUUAGUUAUUUGAAAUUACCGAGUGGUCACGGCCGUAGCCGAGCCCACAAACGAACGGACAGUUUGGCCGAAUCAAGCGGCGCGAAUACACCCGAUCCGUUGUCGCCACAUCCGGCUGAAACGGCCGAGUCGCCGUUGACGUCACCACCAGCCACGCCCCUUCCUGAGGAUUUGCCCUCGAUAAGUGCGAUGCGUCGUCGGACGAUUUCGCAGUCACGUGUCGGCGUCGCCGGCGUCGUGGCGCGAGAGGAGAAUAAUACACCGGAAAAUGUGGAAGUGGCGCCGUUUGAUACGCGAACGUUUCCGUUGGAUGAUGAAACUUAUGAGAAAAUGCUGAAAAGUAUGCCGGAAAAUCACCAGUUUAAGACGAAUUACCGGGCGCAGGAUUGUGAUUUCGGGGGGUUUUUGGACGAGAAGGUGGAUUCGCCGGGGAGUGAGUCGACCGAGUCAGCGCUAGGGGAGGAGGACCCCAACGAUCCCGAGUGGGUGGAUAUGGAGAGGUCGAGGGACAGGCAUAAGAGAUAAUUUGAGUGUUUUUUUGGUUUUUUCACCGGUAAAAAGCUUGGGAUUUUGUAUUACGAGGUCUGUGAUUGUCAUUACAUUACACGUGUGAGAUACGUCAAUACAGUUGUUGCUUUUUUAGUAUUGUAAUGUAUUUAAAUACAGAAUUCGAAGCUUGUGCUUGAUUCAGUUUCACAUAGUUUUUGUAAUAUAAUCAUAAUUUAAGAUAUUUCAUUUUUUUGUACUGUUGCAAAGUCUAGUUCACUUGAUUGUAACAUGACUGGUUAGACUAGUUACUAAUUUUAACUGUAAUUUUGUUACUGAAUUAUUGGUUAUGUUAGUUUUUUUUUUCAAUGUCAAGUACAACCCAGUGACUUGUUAUAUAAAAAUUCUAUUGUAAAUAAAAAACAGUGCAAAUAUUUGUUAUAGAAAAACAUAUUUUCGAAAUCAUUUGCAUUUUUUUCGUUUUUAUGAGAAUUAUUCAAAUUGUACAUGCUCUUCAUAAGAGACAAAUUAUGUAUCAUAAUAUUAUUAAAGUGUUUAUUGUAAA